AUGUUUGGGGUCCGCCCCACAGCCAACCACAAGUCGGUCGCAGGCACGAAGACCGCGCCCAUCUUUCCGCCCCGCCCACAGCCCCAGAACCGUUACCCGAGCGACGGCCCGGGCUCGUCACGCCUCCAAACCCGCGCCGCGGGCCCCGCAUCGUCCCCGCCGCCCGCAGGCCCCGGGCCCGGGCCCGCGCUGCCCGCCGUGCGCCUCAGCCUCGUGCGCCUCGGGGAGCCCGACGGCGCCGGGUCCGGGGAGCCACCCGCCACGCCCUCGGGGCUGGGCGCCGGGGGAGACCGCGUCUGCUUCAACUUGGGCCGCGAGCUCUAUUUCUACCCGGGCUGCUGCCGCCGCGGGAGCCAACGGUCCAUUGACCUCAACAAGCCAAUUGACAAGCGGAUAUAUAAGGGCACCCAGCCCACCUGCCACGAUUUCAACCAGUUCACUGCUGCCACAGAGACCAUCUCCCUGCUGGUGGGCUUCUCAGCUGGCCAGGUGCAGUACCUGGAUCUCAUCAAGAAGGACACCAGCAAGCUAUUCAAUGAGGAGCGGCUGAUCGACAAGACUAAGGUGACAUAUCUGAAGUGGCUGCCUGAGUCGGAAAGCCUCUUCCUGGCAUCGCAUGCCAGUGGCCACCUGUACCUGUACAACGUCAGCCACCCGUGCGCCUCGGCCCCGCCCCAGUACAGCCUGCUGAAGCAGGGGGAGGGCUUCUCCGUCUACGCUGCCAAGAGCAAGGCGCCCCGCAACCCGCUGGCCAAGUGGGCGGUGGGCGAGGGGCCACUCAACGAGUUUGCCUUCUCGCCCGACGGCCGGCACCUGGCCUGCGUCAGUCAGGACGGCUGCCUGCGGGUCUUCCACUUCGACUCCAUGCUCCUGCGUGGGCUCAUGAAGAGCUACUUUGGGGGCCUGCUCUGUGUGUGCUGGAGCCCUGAUGGCCGCUACGUGGUGACAGGUGGCGAAGAUGACCUGGUCACUGUGUGGUCCUUCACCGAGGGCCGCGUAGUGGCCCGCGGCCACGGCCACAAGUCCUGGGUCAAUGCCGUGGCUUUCGACCCCUACACAACGCGGGCAGAGGAGGCUGCAGCCACCAGCGGUGAUGGGGACCGGAGUGGGGAGGAGGAGGAGGAGCCUGAGGCUGCGGCCACAGGCUCGGCCGCGGGCGUCCCGCUCUCCCCACUGCCCAAGGCCGGCUCCAUCACCUACCGCUUCGGCUCGGCGGGCCAGGACACGCAGUUCUGUUUGUGGGACCUCACUGAAGACGUGCUCUACCCGCACCCGCCCCUGGCCCGCACCCGCACCCUGCCCGGCACUCCUGGCACCACUCCGCCAGCCACCAGCAGUUCCCGGGGUGGUGAGCCCGGCCCGGGUCCCCUGCCCCGCUCGCUGUCCCGCUCCAACAGCCUCCCGCACCCGGCGGGUGGCGGCAAGGCGGGCGGCCCAGGUGUGGCGGCGGAAGCCGGCGCGCCGUUCAGCAUCGGCCGCUUUGCCACGCUCACGCUGCAGGAGCGGCGGGACCGGGGGGCGGAGAAAGAGCACAAGCGCUACCACAGCCUGGGCAACAUCAGCCGUGGCGGCGGUGGGGGCGGCGGGGACAAGCCCAGCGGCCCUGUCCCCCGCAGCCGCCUGGACCCCGCCAAGGUGCUGGGCACCGCACUGUGCCCACGCAUCCACGAGGUGCCGUUGCUGGAACCCCUGGUGUGCAAGAAGAUCGCCCAGGAGCGGCUCACGGUCCUCCUCUUCCUAGAGGACUGCAUCAUCACCGCCUGCCAGGAGGGCCUCAUCUGUACCUGGGCCCGGCCGGGCAAGGCGUUCACAGAGGAGGAGACCAAGGCCCAGACAGGGGAAGGAAGUUGGCCCAGGUCACCCAGCAAGUCAGUGGUAGAGGGCAUCUCCUCCCAACCAGGCAACUCCCCGAGCGGCACAGUGGUGUGAAGCCAUGGAUGUUGGGGUCCCCCACCCCAUGCCCCCACCUGCUAGCCAUAACCCUCCCCACUGACCUCACGGAUCCACGUAUUAACAAGACUAACCAUGAUGGACUGCUCCAGUCCCCCGCUCUGCACAAAUUUCGGGGGUCUCCCAGUCUGGCCCAGGAAUGUAGCGGCCAGUGUGGCCUUGGCAGCUUUGUCCCCACCCACUGCCAUGUACAAUGACCCCUUCCUCUGAAACAUCAGUGUUACCCUCAUCCCUGUCCCCAGCAUGUGACUUGUCACUCCUGGGGGAGAAAAUCCCCGCCCACAGAGCCCCAGCUCUGCAGUGUGCCCCUCAGUUGAGAGGCAGGGCAGGGAGUGGCCUGCCCCUGCCUGGCCCCCGCCCCACCUGCCCUUGCUAUUGUCUGUGCUUUUGAAGAGUGUUAAAUUAUGGAAACCCCUCAGGGUCCUCCCUGUCCCUCAAGACCUUAUUUAUACUAAAGUUCCCCAUUUUCACAGC